CCUGCCAGCAUGUCUGCAGUCACCCCUGCCAUCCAGUCCCCACCCCCAGGCGUCAACCCUCCGCCCCCCGAGGUCACGAACCCCAACAAGCCCGGCAGGAAGACCAAUCAGCUGCAGUACAUGCAAAACGUGGUGGUGAAGACACUCUGGAGGCAUCAGUUUGCGUGGCCCUUCUACCAGCCGGUGGAUGCAGUCAAAUUAAGCCUCCCUGAUUAUCACAAAAUAAUCAAAAACCCAAUGGACAUGGGAACCAUAAAGAAGAGACUGGAGAACAAUUACUACUGGAGUGCCAGCGAGUGCAUGCAGGACUUCAACACCAUGUUCACCAAUUGUUACAUCUACAACAAGCCCACAGAUGAUAUCGUUUUGAUGGCACAGGCCCUGGAGAAGAUCUUCCUUCAGAAAGUGGCCCUGAUGCCCCAGGAAGAAGUGGAACUACUGCCCCCUGCCCCCAAAGGCAAAGGGCGAAAACCAGGCGGCCCCCCUGGCACAGGUCAGCAGGAACAGGCCUUAUCCUCUGCCUCCUCGCCGUCGUCCUUCUCCAGCGCCCCUCCGCCAGUGACCCAGACGCCCGUCAUCGCAGCCACUCCAGUGCCAACCAUCACCCCCAACGUCCCCCCGGUUCAGACCACGCCCACUUCCCCGCCCAUGAUGCCGGUCGUUCCCCCUGCACAGCCAGUGAUCAAAAAGAAGGGAGUAAAGCGAAAAGCGGACACCACCACCCCCACCACGUCGGCGAUCACGGCCAGCCGGAGUGAGUCGCCCACCCCGCUGCUGGACGCCAAGCAGGGGAAGGUGUUGUCGCGGCGGGAGAGCACGGGCCGCCCCAUCAAGCCCCCAAAAAAGGACCUGGAGGACGGGGAGGUGGCGCAGCACGCCGGCAAGAAGGGCAAGCUGACGGAGCACCUGCGGCACUGCGACAGUAUCCUCAAGGAGAUGCUGUCCAAGAAGCACGCCGCCUACGCCUGGCCCUUCUACAAGCCUGUGGACGCUGAGGCCCUGGAGCUGCACGACUACCACGAGAUCAUCAAGCACCCCAUGGACCUCAGCACCGUGAAGAAAAAGAUGGACGGCCGAGAGUACCAGGACGCGCAAGGCUUCGCAGCAGACGUGCGGCUAAUGUUCUCAAACUGUUACAAGUACAACCCACCUGACCACGAGGUCGUCGCCAUGGCAAGAAAGCUCCAGGACGUAUUUGAAAUGCGCUUUGCCAAGAUGCCGGAUGAGCCAGCGGAGGCCAGCCCGCCCUUGGCCCCGCCUGCGGGGGGCGUGGUCAGCAAGAGCACGGAGAGCAGCGAGAGCAGCGGCGACACCUCCAGCUCCGACAGCUCGGAUUCCGAGGAGGAGCGGGCCACCCGGCUCGCCGAGCUGCAGGAACAGGUGGGUUCCGAACAGCGAAUCUCUGUGGAGCGCCCCAAUGGUAACGGGGAGGGGAAAAAAAACGGGUGCGCCAAGCGUUUUCAGCUAAAGGCCGUUCACGAACAGCUGGCGGCGCUCUCCCAGGCCCCGGUAAGUAAACCAAAGAAGAAGAAGGAGAAGAAGGAGAAAGAGAAGAAGAAGAAGGACAAAGACAAGGAGAAGGAGAAGCACAUCAAGGCCAAGGUGGAGGAUGAGAAGAAGCCCAAGUCCACGCAGCCACCCAAGCCGGCCCAGCCCAAGAAGGCUCCGGCCCGGAAAGCCAACAGCACUGUCACGGCCACCAGGCAAAUAAAGAAGGGGUCCCAGGCGGGGCUGUACGAGUCGUCGGAGGAGGACUCACUGCCCAUGACGUACGACGAGAAGAGGCAGCUGAGCCUGGACAUCAACCGGCUGCCGGGCGAGAAGCUGGGCCGCGUGGUGCACAUCAUCCAGUCCCGCGAGCCCUCGCUCCGCGACUCCAACCCCGACGAGAUCGAGAUCGACUUCGAGACGCUCAAGCCCUCCACGCUGCGUGAGCUGGAGCGCUACGUCAAGUCCUGUUUACAGAAGAAGCAGCGCAAACCGCUACCGGGCACAGGGAAAAAGGGCGCCAAGUCUAAGGAGGAACUGGCACAGGAGAAGAAGAAAGAGUUAGAAAAGAGGCUGCAGGACGUCAGCGGGCAGCUGAACAACAACAAGAAACCACCCAAAAAAGCAGAGAAGGGUGGGUCGGCGCCGGCGGGCGGGCCCUCUCGGCUGAGCGGAAGCAGCAGCUCGUCGGACUCGGGAAGCAGCAGCUCCAGCGGGUCCAGCUCAGACAGCAGCGACUCCGACUGAACGCCUGCGGCUCUGCCCCCCGCGCCACGAACGGAAACGCCUCUU